AUGAGUAAUUUAUCAAUUUCAACACAACCAUACGAAUUUAAGAUUAUAUAUUCAAAGCAAGAUGUAACGAUAUAUCCGACAGAUGGUGAUAGCAAAGGUAUUGAAGGUGUUAUAUCAUUAUAUUAUUCGUAUGAUACAGGUGCUGUGCUUUCACCUUCCAAACAACAACAACAACAACAACCUCACCAUCAACAAGAUGAUCUAGCAGCAUCAUCGUCAUCUUCAUUCUCUAACUCAUCGACAACAUCAUCGACACUAUCCAGUACAAUGUUGAAAUCUGUAAUGUUCUCAUGGAUAGCUAGUAAAUCAUCUUUUGAUGAUGAUGACACUACUGUUAGUAAUAAUAGUUCAAGUAAUAGUAAUCCAUUAGCAAGAUCACAACCGAUAUCAAUAAAGAAAUCAUCUGCUAUUUCAUUAAAUUCAAGUGCAUUAAUAUCAAAUACAAAUAGUAAUGAUAUAGCACAACAAUAUCAACAAAUAAAACUAUCAUCAAAAGAGAUACAUUCAAUUAAAAAGUAUACACCGACCAUUGGAACACCAUAUAUAAUUGUUUUGACGCGAAAUGGAACUGCAUUGCCACCGUUCUUCUUUGAGAAUGGUGGUGUAAGAGAAUUUAUCAAAGCAUUGCGAUCUGUUAAUCCUAAUCUUAAAAAAUCUACACUUGAUACUAAUCUAUAUAUGAUGAUGAGCGACACUAGUGAUCUAGCAGAGAUACAAACCAGUACAUCCAUUAAGAAAGAUUCAUUCCUAUCAAGUUUAUCACCAAAAUCACAUAUUAAUAGUAAUAAUAGUUCAUCUUUAUUAGUUGGUGCUUCUUUUCAAUCUAUGACAAUUAAUGAUAGUAGUAGUAAUAGUAAUAGUAAUAAUAAUCAGAGUAAUGGUAAUGGUAAUAAUAGUAGUAACAGUACGACAACAUCUAUGGGUGGUCUAGGUAGUGGUAGUUUCUUAAAUCUAAGAUCACAUUCUCCAUCUUCGAUGGCAUCGUCAACGAUAUCACUCUCACCGAAUACACUAAAGACACCACUCUCUACCAGUCAUGGAUCACCUCUUGACACUGAAGCAUCGGUUCCAUUCUCAUCGUCACCAAACUCUGCAACACCAACAUCGCUCCUAGAGAAUGGUUCAUCUUCUACCAGCAAACGUAGACUCACCAAAGAAAUAUCAUCGAAUAUCUUAGAUUCUUUUGCAAAAGUAUCAAACUUUGCAAAGAAUGCUCAAAAGAAUAUAUUUGAAGAACCAGCAAAGAAAAUAGAUAAUCAUUUUAGAAACUUGACACAUUCAUUAGGUUCAAAAAAGACAUCACCUCAACACAGUAAUAAUACAAGUUUGAAUUCUUCAUUGAAUUCAAGUUCAGAUUUCUUCACUCCGUUCAAUUUGAAUGCUUCUGGUAUUUUGGAUGAACCAGCUAUCAAUAGAACAGAGUGUAACCCGCUCAAUGCCAACGAGUGGUAUAGCUACUUUGAUGAGGAAGGCCGAAUCUCAAUCAUGAAUCAACAGCUCCUCCAGAAAAAGAUAUUCUAUGGAGGUGUACACGAGUCGAUUCGUGCAGAGGUAUGGCCAUUCCUCUUGAAUUUCUAUCCGUUCGAUUCGACACACUCGACGCGUGAGGUGAUCAAGUACGAGAAGACACGUGAGUACUUCACCAUUAAGAAACAAUGGCAAUCGAUUAGCGCAGACCAGGAGCUGCGAUUCUCAAAGUAUGCUUCGAGAAAGGCGUUGAUCGAGAAGGAUGUCAUUCGUACCGAUCGACUGCAUCCGAUGUACCUAGGCAUUGGAAUGGACAACCCGAACCUGGUCAUCGUCAAAGAGAUACUCCUCACCUAUUCUUUCUACAACUUUGACAUUGGAUACGUACAGGGAAUGAGUGAUCUACUCACACCGAUCUACUCUGUCAUCCAAAAGGAGGUUGAAUCAUUCUGGUGUUUCGUAGGUUUGAUGGACCGUGUAGAACUCAACUUUCACAAAGAUCAAAAUGGAAUGCACACACAACUCAAUACUCUUUCAAAGUUACUUAAAUACAUGGAUUAUGAUUUAUAUAGUCAUUUUGAAUUCCCAUUUGAACAGGUAAAGACAUUGUGGGAAGUGUUUUGGUGUAACUAUAUGACAAAGAGUCUGCCUAUCUUUAUGUGUCUGUCGGUUCUACUCAAGGAUCGAUCAACGAUUAUCGAGGAGAAUAUGCAAUUCGAUCAGAUUCUCAAGAUGGUUAAUAGCAAAGCCGGAAAGAUGGAUGUAGAUGACAUCCUAUCGUUCACUGAAUCAGUGAUAAACUAUUUUGUUGCCAAAGUGUCGGUAUCGACCGACCAAAUCGAUCAAUCAAUUCGAUCACUAUUCGAAUCGAUAUAUCAAUAUUAA